CGACACGAAAUUUCCACCGACGACGAACCGCAAGACAUCCCUCUAAUAAGCAAUGGGUCGGGUCAUUCGGGCACAGAGGCGCUCUCACGCCAUCUUCAAGGCGCACACCCACCUUAACAAGGCGCCUGCGCAGCUGCGCCCGCUCGACUACAGCGAGCGCAAUGGCUACGUCCGCGGCGUGGUGAAAGAGAUCAUUCACGACUCUGGCCGUGGCGCGCCCCUCGCCCGCGUCGUCUUCCGGGACCCGUACCGCUACAAGCUCCGCAAGGAGACCUUCAUUGCGACCGAGGGCCUCCACACCGGCGCGUUCGUCUACUGCGGCAAGAAGGCGCAGCUCGCAGUUGGCAACGUUAUCCCCGUCGGCCAGCUCCCUGAGGGUACGAUCAUCUGCAACGUCGAGGAGAAGGUCGGCGACCGCGGUGCGCUCGCCCGCACUUCCGGCAACUACGCGACCGUCAUUGGCCACUCGCCGGACGAGAACAAGACGCGCAUUCGUCUGCCCUCCGGCUCGAAGAAGACCGUCUCUGGCUCUGCCCGUGCGACCGUCGGCAUUGUCGCCGGUGGUGGCCGUAUCGACAAGCCUUUGCUCAAGGCUGGCCGUGCGUACUACAAGUUCAAGGCCAAGCGUUACAACUGGCCCCGUACUCGUGGUGUUGCUAUGAACCCCGUUGACCAUCCUCACGGUGGUGGUAACCACCAGCAUAUCGGUAAGGCGUCCACGAUCGCCCGCUCCGCUGUUCCUGGCCAGAAAGUCGGUCUCAUCGCCGCUCGCCGGACGGGUCUCCUCCGCGGUACCCAGAAGGUCAAGGAGGUUUAAGGGGCUUGCGGCUGCGCCUACCUUUCACCUCGACUUUCUAUGUACGACCCCACCCUACAAAACAUGUACCGCGUAUGCUAUGUAUGCUAUCGACCCAUGCAGUUUCAUAUGCCCCAUCAUCUCAUUUGGAUAUCAUUGACGCGACUAGUGAAUGGCUACGGGCUGUUUCGGUGCGCACCGUCCCUCAAUGGACUUGAUAACAGGAUCAGUCUGAGCCGCUUACCUUGCUAUUGCCCAAUAACAACAAGGUGGCUCCUGCUCAAAGUGGGUGUAUCCAUUCAGAUCAUGGUGAUUACUAGGUCUACCAGGCAGCUUGGGACAUGACGCCAAAGUCGACGACAAAAUGCCCGAACAUCGAAAGUGUUGCAAAACGUUGAGACGGUAGAUUGCGGACGGACAUCGACGGUGUCUGGAGCCUCCCGGAACCUCUGAAUGGACUUCUAUAGCUUAUGUGUU